UGGAGGUUACAAGAGGGCAAAUUUGCUCGAGAGAGAUCCAGACCUGUGAGCUCCGUUUCCCGACCAAAGGACAAAUCCACGAGACAGUUUAAGAAUUCACUCAAUGGAUUUUGUGGGCGUGGGCAAGAUGAUGGUCGGAGAAUGGUUCGCCAGUUACUUUGUGGACAAGCUGCUUAACAUGGUCUCCUCCCAUUUUGCCGACAACCGCGAUCUGCUCGUGGGCGUUGAGGAGAAGCUCAAGGACUUGCAGUCCAGACUUCCUCGAAUCCAAGCUGUGAUCAACGCAGCCGAGGGCAGGCCGAUCAGAGACGCAGCGCUGGCCAAUUGGAUGAGGGAACUCAAAGAUGCUGCUUACGAGGCGGACGACAUACUGGAUGAGUUCGAGUACAGAGAGCUUCAUAACCAGCUGCAAGACAAGAGCAUGGUGAGUGCCCUCGCGGCCUCGGCUCUUAGAUUUCUCAAGAACUUAUUCGUGUCGGAUGAUGACCUCAAGAGGUUGAUGAAUCUCUUGGGGGAUCUUGACAAAAUUUGUCUAGACAUCAACAACAAGAAAGUAGAGCUGGAUGAGUACAAUGCGAAGCAGAACACUGCUACAAGGGAGACCAGUUCGUUCACCCAGGAAGUGGUGUUUGGGAGAGACAAAGAGAGGGACAAGAUAUUACAACUGUUGUUGAGCGCGGGAGCAGAAUCCGAUUUUGGCGACAAGGGGGCUGGGAGCAGCAGCCAUCCCAGCCUCGGUGUGCUUCCGAUUGUAGGCAUUGGGGGAGUGGGGAAGACAAGUCUAGCACAGCUUAUUUACAACGACCAAAGGAUUGCUCAUCAUUUUGAGCUCAGAAAGUGGGUGUACGUCUCUCAUGAUUCUAGCGUAAAAAAGAUCUCGAGAGAGUUGGAAUCUAAUCUGGCUAUUGAUUCUCGCCCUCGAGAGAUUAGUUUAGAUACACAGCUUGAGAAACUCAUGGAUGCAACUAGAAACAAGAGGUUCUUGUUCGUGCUCGACGAUGUAUGGGAUGAAACAGGAAGCAAGUGGAGAGAAUUACGAAGCGUCUUAACCUCAGGGGCCAGAGGAAGCUUCAUAUUAGUAACAACUCAAAGUCCAUUAGUUGCAGAGAUUAUGGGGACCAUCGACCCAAUCAAAUUAGAGGUUUUGGAGGAAGAAGACUAUUGGAGACUCUUUGAACAUUGUGCAAUAGGUGAUAAGGAGCUUGACCCAGAGUUAAGAAGAAAGUUGCAAUCGCUUGGCCAUCAAAUCUCAAAAAAGCUACAUGGGUUACCCUUAGCAGGGAAGGCACUAGGAAGUCUUUUACGGUCCAAAUUAGAAGAGGAAUAUUGGAAAACAAUCUUAGAAAGUGAAUGGUGGGAACAUGAUUUUGUUUUGGAUAACAUCCUUCCAUCUCUGGGGCUGAGCUAUCAACAUCUGAGCUCAAACCUGAAACAAUGCUUUGCUUACACUUCUAUAUUCCCCAAGGGCCACAUUUUUGAGAAAGACCGGUUGGUCCAUAUGUGGAUUGCUCAAGGUUUUAUCCAACCCAGAAUUCACCGAGGAAGAAUGACCCUGGAGGAUAUUGGGAGUCAGAUUUUUGACGAACUAACCAGCAGAUACUUCUUUCUGAGUACAGUGACUAAUGGAUAUGUGAUGCAUGAUCUGAUCAGAGACUUGGCAGUGUAUGUUUCCCUGGAUGAGUGUUGUGUGGUUAGUGAUGAACCUGCCAAAAUUCCACCAACUGUUCGCCACAUAACUCUAAGGGCUGCUAAACUGGUUCCUCCUGGAGAAGUAUGUAAAUUUCAAAAACUGCGAACACUUAUAUUUUAUCAUGAUUAUAAUUGUGAAGAAUUUCUCAGCUCAGAAGGAAAAAGUUCUGAAGAACUUUAUGAAUUUCUAAAAGAAAUUUUGGAAAAUAUGAAGAAUCUGCGAGUGUUAGACGUCUCAUACAGCCACAUGGGGAUAAAGAAGGUACCAGAUGCAAUCUGUGAUCUAUCGCAUCUUCGAUAUUUAGACAUCUCAUGCACUAAGAUUCGGCAGCUGCCAGGAUCAUUUUCAAAAAUUUGCCAUUUGCAAGUGCUGAAUCUGAAGUGGUGCCGCUUUAAAAAACUACCAGAAGGAAUGAAUAGGCUAAUCAAAUUGCGACACCUCUACGCCGAUGCUGAAACAAUUUCUCUGAUCGAUGGGAUUGGGAAAUUGACUGACCUUCAAGGAUUAGAAGAAUUCCAUGUUACAAGGAAAAGAGGCCACCAAAUAGGAGAAUUGAAGGAACUAAGAAAUCUCCGAAAACGGUUAGUCAUUAAAAAUCUUGAUAAUGUUGGAUCUAAGGAGGAGGCAAUGGAGGUAAAAUUAAAUGACAAGGUGCACCUUAACGAGAUUACGUUUGACGGCCAGGGUGAUAUGAAGACAGACAUACUCGAUGGCUUAGAACCACAUUACAAUCUCAAAAACCUUAGCAUCCAACAUUACGGAGGUACAAAUUAUCCAAGUUGGUUGGAGAAGAAUCAGUAUGUCACCAAUCUGGAGUCUAUUUGUCUUGAUACUUGUGCCAGGUGGGUAAAUCUCCCUCCUCUUGGACAGCUUCCAUUUCUCAAGGAUUUAUCAAUUAGGAUGAUGCCUUCAAUAAGACGAAUUGGAAUUGAAUUCUAUGGAAAUGCUGCUCAGAUCUUUCCAUCAUUGAAGUGUCUAAAAUUUCUGCUCUUGAAGGAAUGGGUGGAGUGGUCUGAUGUAGAUAGGCGGCCAAUUCUUCCAUGCCUUCUUGAUCUCAGAAUAGAGGAUGGCCAGAAGCUGACAAGAAUGCCCGUUCUCCCUUUGAGCUCAAUGACUGCACUUAGACUUCAGAAGUGUGGUGACAUUGGCAAUGCACUGCCGGAGUAUUUGCUCAGCUUGACCUCUCUUGUAGGUUUAGAGUUGCUUGAUUAUCCACACAGAACAUCUGUUUGUCUGUCUAACCUGAGAGCCCUUGAGCAUCUGGUACUGAAUCAGUGCCCGGAAUUGAGUUUAAUUAAUGGAUUUCAGUCCCUUGUUAACCUGAAAAUUUUAACAGUUAAAAAAUGUCCGAAGCUAAUUAAACCCACCUCACAGCAAGAGCAACCCUAUAUUGAGCAGGAUUUAAGAUCUCUCUCUGAUGCUGUGAUUGAUGAAAGCAUCCUCAAUGAUGUGUGGGUCACACUGGGAAGGAUCCCCUCUUUGCAAAGUCUAGGAAUUAAUAAUUCUGGUAUUGCUUACCUUGAAAUGGAGCAAGAGGAGUGGUUUCGGCAACUAACCUCCCUAAAACUGCUUCAUUUGAUGGAUUGUCCGAAUCUUCAAAAGCUUCCUGAUUUGGAAACAUUUUACUCCAUGGAGAAGUUAACCAUUGGUUACUGUCCCAAUGUUCAGUCAGUGCCAGAGAAUGGCCUGCCAAUCUUGCUUAAAGAACUUCAUAUCUGGGAGUGCACAAAAUUGAGAGAUCGGUGCAAAAAGGAUGAUGGGCCAGACUGGCCAAAGAUUGCACAUGUUCCAUACAUAAUUGUUGAUAGUAAAAUCACACAGAUGCUGUAACAGCUGCAUUAGUUGGAGCAGUAGCUGCUUUCAGUUUGGAUGUUGCCUGUGGUUCUUGGCACCUGAGUUGGUUUGGGGAAAAUGUACUGCAUGGCGUGGAACAACCGAGACAGCAUAUGUGAAGCCCCAGAUCAGACAGCUGCCCAGAUCCUUUUCUAUUCUUUGCAAUCUUCAAGUUCUGAAGUUUGGAAUUCUCCAGAUACACAAAAUAGUCAUCUCUGCCAUGAAAAAAUUUACCAUUGGCAAUUGUCUCUAUGUUAAUUCACUAUAUUGUUUAAAGAUUAAUGCGGAUGCCCAUUGCUAAAGAACCGGUGUACAAAGAUGGAUCUGAUUGGCCAAUGAUUGUCCGAAUCACAUGCAUGCUUAUGAGAAAAAUCAUACAUCUUUAGUGA